AUGGAGGUUCAAGGAACUGCUUCAGGAACUUCCAUACCAGCUUCUUCUUUAGAUCAUCUCCAUCCACUGUAUAUGUAUCCAUCAGAUUCACCUGGAUCGUUGAAUGUUGGGAUCUUACUCACUGGAAGUGAUAACUAUACCUUAUGGAGUACGGCUAUGGAGUUAGCUUUGCUUGGAAAGAAUAAGGUUGGAUUUAUCAAUGGAAAAGUGAAGAAGACCCAGUUCACAGGGGAUUUGAUUCGACUUUGGGAUCGCUGUAAUGCUAUAGUUGUUUCGUGGAUAUUGUGCAAUGUAAGUAAAGAUCUUCAUAGUGGAGUUCUUUAUUGCUCAGAUUCAUACUUGAUUUGGGAAGAUCUUAAGGAGAGGUUUAACAAGGUAAAUAGCUCUCGUAGUUUUCAGUUGCAUAAGGAGAUUUUUAGUCUUGUUCAAGGUGUCUCGUCUGUGUCAUUGUAUUACUCUAGACUGAAGGAUUUGUGGGAUGAAUAUGAUUCUAUAAUGCCUCCUCCAACUUGUACAUGUUCUAGAUCUAAAGAAUUUUUUGAGCAAUCACAACAUCAGAGAAUGUUGCAAUUUCUAAUGGGGCUUAAUGACAAUUAUAGUCAGGCUAGAAGUCAAAUUAUGUUAAUGUCACAACUUCCUAGCAUCAAUCAAGACUAUGCUAUGGUUAAUCAAGAUGAAAGUCAAAGAAUGGUAGCUGGAUCAAGUAGAGUAAUGUCUGAUAUGGUUCCUACUGCAAUGUUUACAUCUAAUUCUGGUCCUGGUAGUCAUAAACCUAGGAGAUCUUAUAAUCCAAAUGCCUUUUGUGAUUACUGCAACAUCAAAGGUCACAUGAGGAGUGAUUGUAAUAAACUUCUGAAAUGUGAUUUCUGUCACAAAACUGGUCAUCUUAAGAGUAACUGCUAUAAAAUGAUUGGAUAUCCUGCUGAUUACAAAGGUAAAAGGGAUACAAUUGUUGCUGGGAAUUCUAUCUAUAAUGCAGGACAUGUAUCUCAACAGUAUCAAUGUGAUAAGACAGAAUCAAUUCAAUCAUCUUACAAUCCUCACAUGCCUCAGAUGAUGCAGUCAUCAUAUUCUAAUCAGAUGCAAGUGUAG